UCAGCCUAUGUUCUGCUUGCCCGAAUCAUUCACUCUCCCUUAUCCAACCCUAGCUACUCUUUUCGACCCACUGCAGCCUCUCCGUCGAGCCACUGCCGCGUCCGUCCGUCGAGAUCGGCCACCGUUCGUCCGUGUAGCCACUGCACCCAAGUCUCCAACUCCCCUGCUCUCUUCUUCCGCGAUCUCGCCCCAUCCCCUACUCUUUGCAUCUUCUUGCCAUCGGCUUCAUCUUCUUGCCGUCGUCUGGUCGGUGUCGUCCAUCAAUGAAGGGUCUGUCGGCGUCGUCUUCGAAGUUGGACCAGUUGAACCAAUAAACCAAUAAACCAGUAACUAGAGCGGUUCGAUGACCAGUCCGGUUCUCAGAACCUUGAAGUAUAUAGAGUUGGAAUUCGCUCUUCUCUAAUUCACAACUCUUAGUCGAAAAUGGAGUACAGGAAAAUCAGGGAUGAGGGUGAUGAUAGGGAGACCGGCAUCGAGGACGUUGAGAGUUUACGUGAAAAAUCGGUUUUGCUGUCCGGUGCAGUCCUAGACAACCGUUUGGCCUCCGUGGGAGAAACCAAAACCGAUAGCCACAGGGCGAAAGCAAAGUGGAAACUCAAGUCAGUUGUUACACUUGCAUUGACUAUUCUUACUAGCUCGCAAGCCAUUCUAAUCGUUUGGUCCAAGAGAGCUGGCAAGUACGAGUAUAGUGUAACCACCGCAAACUUUCUGGUGGAGACUUUAAAAUGUGCUAUAUCCCUUGUGGCCCUUGCAAGAAUAUGGAAAAAGGAAGGUGUCACCGAGGACAAUCGGUUGAGCACCACAUUAGAUGAAGUUAUAGUGUAUCCCAUUCCAGCAGCACUUUACCUUGUCAAAAAUUUGCUUCAGUAUUACAUUUUUGCAUAUGUAGAUGCUCCUGGCUAUCAGAUAUUAAAAAACUUGAAUAUUAUCAGUACAGGUGUUCUCUACCGAAUUAUACUCAAGAAGAGGUUAAGUGAGAUUCAAUGGGCUGCUUUUAUUCUACUGACUGCUGGUUGCACUACAGCCCAGUUGAAUUCAAAUUCCGAUCGUGUUCUUCAAACUCCCUUUCAAGGUUGGGUGAUGGCAAUUGUAAUGGCACUCUUGAGUGGUUUUGCAGGAGUAUAUACCGAGGCUAUUAUUAAGAAGCGUCCUUCACGAAACAUAAACGUUCAGAACUUCUGGCUUUAUAUCUUUGGCAUGGGCUUCAAUGCUAUUGCAAUACUGGUUCAAGAUUUUGAUGCUGUGAUGAACAAGGGAUUCCUCCAUGGAUAUUCGCCCAUUACUGUUCUCAUGAUUUUCAAUCAUGCACUCAGUGGAAUUGCUGUAUCGAUGGUGAUGAAGUAUGCUGACAAUAUUGUGAAGGUGUACUCUACUUCGGUGGCAAUGCUUCUUACGGCAGUAGUUUCUGUCUACCUUUUCGGAUUUCAUCUCUCCCUUGCAUUUUUCCUUGGUACAACUGUUGUCUCUGUUGCGAUUUAUCUGCAUUCUGCCGGGAAGAUGCAGAGAUAGCUGUAACUACCACCUGGUUCUUUUGACCCCAUUUCAUAUUCAUACAUUUUCAAAUUGUUAAUUAAAUAUCAUAGUAUAUUUUGACGAGUUUAAUUUUUAUGUAUGAACAUUGUAAAACGUUUUACAUAGUUAUGCAAUUACAAUCAUUAUCAUUCACGUAGUAAAUGUAAAAGAGUUAUUUUUGCUAAUGUGACAUUUAUAUG